AUGGCUUCUUUCGCUGCCUCCCAUGUUUCGUUCUCCGCUGUUUCUUGCUCACUGAAGCAUAACCAGGUCUCGAAUUUGAGGAAGGCUUCACUUUCAUUUACUGGGAAGGACUUGUCAUCUCGUAGAGUUCCUGCUCUUCGUUUCCGAGUUGCUUGUGCAGCCAAACCAGAGACCGUAAACAAAGUAGUCAAAAUUGUGAAAAAACAACUAGCCCUGCCUGACGAUAGUGAAGUCAGUGGAGAGUCAAAAUUUGCUACGCUUGGUGCUGAUUCUCUUGACACGGUUGAGAUUGUGAUGGGACUCGAGGAGGAGUUUGGAAUUUCUGUGGAGGAAGAAAGUGCCCAGAGCAUCACCACCGUUCAAGAUGCGGCCGAUCUCAUCGAGAAGCUCUUGGAGAAGUCAUGUUAA